GAGGAGGCCAUCCCAGAGCUGGAGAUAGAUGUGGAUGAGCUGCUGGAUAUGCCCAGUGAUGUUGAACGGGCAGCCAGGGUCAAGGACUUACUGGUUGACUGUUUUAAACCUACUGAGGUCUUCGUCUCAGAGCUGCUCGACAAGAUCCGAGGGAUGCAGAAGCUCUCCACGCCUCAGAAGAAAUGAUGGCGUACCUCCUUCUCCCUCUCUUCCUCCUCCUCCUCCCCUCCACCUCAGCCCUCACCUCUUGUCUUCCUACCGUGCUUUCCAACCUUUUAUUUCGAUGUCCGUUCUCUUCCAUUGAAGAUCUUCAAUGAAAUACUUGUUUUCUCUUGUGGUUAGGCCCCUUUUUUUUGUCUCUUCUUCUCUCGCUGCCUGGAUCUAGCCCCAUAAAUUGUGUUUAUUGUUCACUUUUUGUGACUUUGCCUUGUUGUUUGUCUGACUUCCUUCUUAAAUACGAUCAGCAAAGAAGGAAAGGCGAGGUAAAGAAUACACAAUAACCAGGCCAACAACAGCAAGCGAUUCAUUGGUCUCAAUCUAGGUGCUCUUUUUCACUCCUGCUCCUCCUUCGCCCUUUGUUUGGCUUUACUCCUCUUCCUCAUCCAGCUCUGCUCCCUCCCACAACCCUCCAUCUGUCUGAGGAGGAAGAGGAGAGGAGCUGAGAUGAGACGAGCCCCAAUAAUUACUGAGAGCGGAGCAGCCGAGAGUGGGAAGAGGAACAAGAGAGAGAGUCCGCAACGGCCAAGAAAAGAGUGGAAGGAGGAGGCAGCCAAUCAGCUUGAAGCGGGGCCUAAUCAUUGCUUAUGUCUCUACCAAUGAGAUUCCUUAUUCUGUUAUUUGUAAGGGGUAUAAACUUGUAAAUGAUCCAGCUACCAACCACAAGUCUUUCAGUAUUUUCUAGUUCAGUUUGAGGGCAUGGGGAUAUUCACUUGACUUUUUACUUUUUUUCGGGGGGUCCGUACAGUCUUUUUAGAUCACCCCCCGUAAUCAGAGGCAUUUGCUACAGUGGUGCAUUUAAAGACUGUCUUUUUUUGUGUGUGUAUAUCUGUUUGAAAAAUCUGCACUAUGUCAUUUUGGUAAGAAAAUCUGAACCUCUGACCACAAACAAUAAUGUACUGUGUAUCUUUAGUCCAACAAAGAGGAAAAUUUGAUCCCUGGAAAUAGUGGAACCUUUAAAAAAAAAAAAAAAAAAGUCACUGGUUGGCUGUGGUGGUCAUAUGGUCCAACUAAGUUUAGAAUAAAAAUCUUCCCUUGAGGCUAGAGUAGAAGUAGGCUUUCUUAGGUCGGGUGUGCAGGAAUAGAAAUUCUUGAAAAAAAAAAAAAAAAGAGCAACGUAUGUUUUUCUUUCCUCAAAUGCGUGGUGCAGUCGUAAGAGAGGCUCUUUAGAAGCCACUGCUGUCCAGCCUGCACAUAUGUGUGUUGCUAAAUGCUACGUGUGUAUGUUGCUACAUAAUGUACAGCAACAUUCAUAAUAGGAGUGUUUUUCUGGCCUGUAUAUUCUGCUGUUCUGUACGACAAAUUAGAUUUUUUAGUAUAGGACUGGUUCCUGUUUUGUUUUUUUUUGUUUUUUUAUCUGGAUGCAUUUUGUCACACACACACACACACACUUGACAGUCCAACAGGGGGACCCAGAACACAGCUGCCUUGUUUUUUUGUUGAGUUUUUUAUCAUCCCCCCUCUCUGUGUCUCUUUCUCACUGUCUCUCCCUUUUAUCUUAGAAAUGAUUUAGUUCACCACCAUCAGUUCAGAGCCGUCACACGUACAUGGAAACUGAAAAGUCCAUGUUGGUGUAGAGACUUUGUUCUGUCCUCUGCCUGUCAGUAGACCCACCAACGAGACGUCUGAAUGGGAGGGACAGAGGGAGGGAAGCCACUGUCUAAAUGCAUUCACCCUUUUUUUUCCCUCUCUCUUUUCUUUCUUUCAAUCACACAUACAGGCCACCCUUGGGGCGGAGGAAACGGAAAUACAUUAGCAAACACAGCUGCCUCUCAUACAGAUGUACACACACAUACACACACCAAGCGUUGAGAGAGGGAGACAGGUCCAUAGCUGUGUUUCUCCGCUGCAGCUGCCAAUCAUCUCCAAGAAUAAGCCAUCUGUUUCUGAUCCUGAGCCAAUCAGAUUAGAGACCGAAGCCCAUCGGCCAAUUGGAGAAGCGGUAACAUUGUGCUGUGAUUCAUGUGGCCAAUUGCUAACACCUGCGGUGACAGCAGACCUCCACUGUCUCUCUUUCUCUCUCAUCGCCAACACACACACACACACACAGACAUGCAUGCACAUACACACAUAUUGGCCCCUUUUCAUCUUGCUGCUCUGUCAUUUCUCCCUGGCAUCCCCUCCUUCCUCCUCCUCUCACCCCUUUUCAUCCUUCUGUCCACCCUACCUCCAUCCUCUCUUCAGUUUCCUUUCCUUUUUUAAAAAAAACAGAUGUUGCCUUAGGUAUUAUUUAUGUUACACAAACCAAAUAAACGGGAGACAUUCAUUUUUAAAGAGGUAACACAAACUGCUAAAAACGUGUGUUACUGAGCAGAACUGCGGCAUGUGGAGAAUCUCGGAUCUUCUGUCGCUCCUCUUUUUCUUUUGGAAAACAAAAUGAGAUUCUGUUGGGUUUUUUUUAGAAGUGAGUGUUUAAUACAUAGGCCUUGAUACAGUGAUUUUGUUUAGAUAAACAAUGUUCUUUACAUUUACCAUUUGAAUACUUGGUCUGUUUUUAUUGUGAUUAUGACACUUCUUGAUGCCAGGCCUUGGAUUAACAUGUAGUCGAACAAAAAUCCAUUCAGAUACAUUUUGGUGCGAUUGCUUUUGCCUUCCCUGUGUGGUUUCCAAAUCAAGCACGGUCUGCAUUCAUUUGGAGACGUUCUGAUCGGUCGGAUUGUACCAGGCAAGCUCAAUUAGUAGCUGAAUUUGAAUGGAUUUUCAUUUCUAAAUCCAGGUUUGGAUUAUACCUUCUUAGACUGUUAUUGAGAAGUCUGUUUUUUUUACUGUUGGGAAAAAUUGCAAAAAAUAUAUAUACUGAUUAUUAUCAUUGAGGCUAAAUACAAGAGCUAAACCAUUGGAGGAGUGGAAGUGUUUUUUGGACAAUGAUUAGAUCAAACCAACAAACAAAUGUAGCAAUAUCAACAACAGGUCUUGUUUUUGCCCAAUUUUGUUACACUUUUAUGCAACUUUAAUAAAAACAUGUAAAAUGGA